AUUAGACUUGUAUGAAAUUAAGUAUUGAAAUAUACAUGAAUUGUGUUGUCGUCGGAGAGGCCAUGAAGAGAGAGAAUCUCUCACAUCUUUCUAAAACAUCGGCCACCUGUUUUUAAAGAAAAUGGAUUUCCGGCCAUUCAUACGCCGGCAUCCACAACCACAUCUCACAGAUAAUCAAUUCUACACUCAUGUGCGUUCUUUUGGCUUCGACGGGAAUUUCUCACCAGCCCGUAUGUACACCCCAAAUUCAGAGGUGCAGAGGCCAGAUUUCUAAGUUAUGAAGAGGAAACACCAAGAAGGAAACAAGGCUUCUACAGGUUACCUAACUCAUCCGCCUGGGACGGCAACAACAGCAACCCAUUUCGCAGGCACGGGAUUGAUGGACACCAACCCAGGCAUAGGGAACAGAGAAAACGCAGGUCACACUACUCAGCCCCCUUUCACAAACCCAGGUCAAUCAACUCAAAUUUAACGAAGGCAGAACACCACUUUGAAGCAACAUGUCCCAACACUACACCUACACAGGGGAAGAUAACCCCCGACACCACUCUAUCUGGUGUGGCGAAGAGAGCCCCAACGCCACUGUUACACAGCGGAGACUGAAGUCGGAUGGCGCCGGUCAGCUCGCGACCACAGCCCCUCCCAACUAGAAAACGAUGAGGGAUGGCAGACGGUCAACUACAAGGGACGACGCCGACCAUCCAAUCAGCGGCACUCGCCGCCUCAAAGCCUCUACCCAGAAAUCGACAGGUAUGCUUCCCGGAUACUCCCCAGUGACGCAAAUCGUUACCACCGUCUGAUAAUAUAAGAGACGCCCUUAACUCAGCCCAAACCUUCGAAUCUGAACUACAAUCAAAUUAUUCAUCUGAUUUUGACCUCAACCAGAGAAUUCAACGAAUUCAGAUCAAAGGGGGGAAAAGAAUUCCUAGAGACCGUCGCCUGAGCGGCGAUGGACCACCACAUCACGCCGGCGGGUGCAGACCGGAGAAAUCCAAUCAGGCGGGCCCAUGUUGCUCAGCGCCUGGUCAAGCGGCCGACAACCCCCAACCCGACAAGCUGUAUCAGGCAGAGACACAAGAACAAGCCCUCACAUGGGCAGAUGUGGUAAGGGGGGAUACGGACAAAGUGAAUGACAGAGUACUCCUUUCCCUGUCAAUUAUCAGGGAGGACGCAUCUGCGUUAAAGGAAAAGUCAACCAAACUAUUGGAACCGGUUGAAUCAAUUAAGGCCUCGAAGAAUUAUCCGAAAAAAUCCUAUUUUAUGGAGAAGCAGGCUUUGAUUCAACCAAAAUUGAAUCAAAGACAUUUAGAUUUGCUGUGAGGAAAAAGGAAAUGGUGAUUUUUGAAAUUAAAAAAUCCACGCUACACGUGAUUAAUUUCGAAAUGGACCUUGGGACACAAACCUACCAUUUUAUCCUCCAACUCACAAGUUCAGAAAAAUUUAAUCAGAAAAAAAUUCGAGCCUAUCACGGAUACUUCAAUCCUCAACAAUUAGGUUGUUAUGUGAAGAUUGCUAAAGAAAAGGGGAGCUCAAUUCUAGUACCCAGGGGCCCACACAACUCAAAAGUCAAUCAAUUUUUGAAAUUGUUUUCUAACUUUGUUGGUUACUCUGGUAUCGAGCAGGAUGAUCCCAUUCAUUGGGAACGUGAGACUACCAUUGAUAUCAAGGAUAUAACCAUCUCCAAACUAAUAUUUAACUAUGAAGUUCAGAGAACCUUUGGUAAUAAAGAAAACUCUUCUCACCCUAUGGUUACUAUAAGUCAAUCAUGAAGUCAUCAAAUAGAUGACUUCACAGAAGGAUUGAUAACUAGAGGUCAAUAAAAAACGCUACAAGAUGAUGAAGACUAUUACAUCUACCCAGUUUACUCAAACUACGAUUCACCUCAAAAGUUGAUAACCGGACUCGAACGCUAUAAGUCAGCACACCCAGAUGCAAAGUCGUACCCUCCUUAUCUCCAACGGGCUAUCCAUUUUCACCAUAAAUACAACCCGCUGUUUUUAACCAAUGUAGGUGUGCCUACAACGAAUGUUAUUAGUUAACUCUAUCUUUUGUGUUUUUAUCUUGUACUUUGCUCUAUCGAUCUUUGUACUUGCAAUCCUUUUCUUAAUAAACUGGAAAGUGUUCCCCGG